AUGGACCAGAAGCUUGCUCUUCAGUGGGUUCAACGAAAUAUCAAAGCGUUCGGAGGCGAUCCCAAGAAGGUCACCGUCUUUGGUGAAUCUGCCGGUGGAGCCUCCGUUGAUCUGCUCCUCCUGACCAGCGGCAUGAACCCCCCUUUCCGAGCAGCGAUAACGGAAUCCGGAACCUCGUACCUUGUCACAGCGCCACAAGCCGGUGGAGACAUUGUUGGGUUGAUGGCGGGCAUCAAUACGGGUGCGAGCAUGCCAGGGAACUCUUUCAAAACUCUGGCCAAGGCUUUGAACUGCAAUGGAGGCCAGGCCCUCGCUUGUGUUAAGGCAGCACCUGUGGAUGCUGUUGCCUCCGUGAUCUCGAACGGACCCUUCAACUUCCCGCCGGUUGCCGACGGUGACACGAACGUUCCUAACUCUCCCGACGCUACACGAUCCGCCGGUCGGGUCCCCAAGAUACCACUGAUGCUUGGCACCAACCUGAAAGAGGCUGACAUCUUCACCAUGAUGAGGCCCCCACAGCCAGUGAAUGCCUUCGUUGCAGCAACUUUUCCUGGCGAUACAGCAUUGCAACAGGCAAUUGUCUCUGCGUACCCUAUCGGGGCAGGUACUCCAUUCGCAACGGAAAAGGAUGCCAUAACUCAGAUAGCUACGGACCUGGAUUGGACUUGCAGCAUUAGCCAUGAGGCCCGUAUAUCCGCGCAGGCAGGCGUUCCAACGUGGAGAUACUUGUUCAAUUCCACCUCCUUCCCUCCAACUCCCGGAGGCAUUCUUUCACGCCCAGUGCACGGCUCCGAGAUCAGCUUCGUGUUUGGAAACCUACCUCCACCCCCAGCGACGCCCGAUCAGGCAGCUGCGCUCAGCAAAUUCAUGCAGACAGCAUGGGCUAGCUUUGCGAAGAACCCAGCCAACGGGCCUGGUGUUCAAACUUGGACACCACACACUGGCAUGCCAGGAGCCAUGGACGUGGCUAAUCUGGGUGGGGUUGUUGGAAAUGGGGUGGCCAUGGUAGAUCCGCGCACAGUUGAUAGUCGGUGUAACCUCUUCGAUAAGGCGUACGCUGCCGCCAUGACGCCGUCUUGA